AUGCAGAAACAACGAAGUGUUUUUGUUGAUGAUCCACGUGUGGUGCUAAUCAAGCUUGCAGACCGUCUACACAACAUGAGAACCAUUUAUGCUCUACCUUCGGGCAAGGCUAAAGCUGUAGCACAGGAUACUUUGGUCAUUUGGUGCUCUCUUGCUUCCAGAUUGGGCCAUUGGGCUUUAAAAGCUGAACUUGAAGACCUUUGUUUUGCUGUUCUUCAGCCUCAGAUCUUCCAGCAAAUGCGAUCUGACCUGGCCUCCUUGUGGACACCCAGCAACAGCAGUAGCAGGGUAGGCAACCUGAGAAGACUAUCAGCCAAAAGUAGCUCAAAUCCUGAGUAUGAAGCAUCAACAGAAGAUGUCGUAGUCAGCAUGAAGGAUCUUUUGCAGGCUGUUAUUCCAUUUGAUCUCCUGCUUGAUCGAAGAAAACGCUUUGGACACCAAUUGAUGGCGAGUUUGACGAUUACAUUGUCAAUCCAAAGUCAGGCGGAUAUCAGUGCAUGGUCCAGAAAACUCACCCUUGGAAGUCUAAAUAAGAACGCAGAGCAUGCAUGA